CUCACUCAUACACUCACAGGCAAUCGAGCACUGUCGCCAUCCACUGUGAUCAGCAACACACAGCUCAUUCUGACACGAUGUGCCGAGGACUGGAAUCUCUACCAUCUGCUUGCUUAGAGAGAGCGAAGGAACUGAAAUCUCGUUUGGGAAGUCUUCUCCAUAAAAAACAGAUGGGUCUGAUUAGACAGAAAACUGGCAUGCAAAGGCAGAUAGUUGAAGCUUCACUGGCAUGGAAGGAGUCGUUUCAAGAGCUACUACAAGACAAACAAAGCCUGCAUGCCUUCCAGGCGUUUCUGAUGUCGGAGUACAGUGAGGAGAACCUGGCUUUCUACCUGGCGUGUGAAGACUACAUCAACACCCAGUCACCCUCCGACCUGCCUGCCAAGGCUAAAAAGAUUUACAAUGAAUUCAUCAUCUGUGAUGCUCCAAGAGAGGUGAAUCUUGACCAUGAGACUAAAACCAUCACUGUGAAGAACCUGGAAACCCCCACCACCUCCUGUUUUGACCUGGCCAGGAGCAAGAUCUACUCCCUGAUGGAGAAGGACUGCUACCCACGCUUCCUCAAGUCCGCCGCCUGCCAGGAGCUCAGCCGCCAGCUGGCCGGUUAACCCACCUCCACCAGGCAGAGUUGGAGAAGCACAAUAAGUUAAAAAACAAAGACGUGGUUUAAGCAGAACGCUACCCACACAUAACUGGAACUCCUCGCUGGUUAGGGGCAACUUCAUGGCUACGAGCUAUGAAGAGGCACCAGUUAUCCAUCUCAGGAACAGUCAGGGCAGCUCCACAGAGCUGAGCGUGAUGAUUGGCCACCACUGACCUUCAAUAGAAGGGCCGGAGAGCACACAUGCACCUGGAGGGGCUGACUGGAAAAGUAAACGGAGGAGUGCUGACGAUGUUCCCUCCUGGAACAGGAGCGUGUAGCACAAGGACAGAGUGAGAACUACUCAGCUGACCCCAGUACGGGGCAGCGCAGCCUCAUUUGAAGGGAUCAAUCUCCCUGUUAAUUUAUUUAUUCAGUUUGAACUGUCGGGCUCCUUGCCACCUAUUUAUUAAUGUUAUUGGAAGAUGAAUGUGGUAUUUAUUGUGUUAUUUAUGUGCCUCAAAAUGUCAA